AUGACGUUUGUUGACAUUGCUGUCUACUUCUCCGCCGAGGAGUGGAAGAAUUUGGAGGAGUGGCAGAAGGAGCUGUACAAUAACCUGGUGAAGGAGAACUACGAAUCUUUGCUCUCUCUGGGCCUUUACCCCUCGGGGCUGGGUCCCCAUGUGCAGUUUCUGGGCGAGUGCCAGGUGUCAGGCCCCUAG